UGCGUCAAGACACUCAGCCGUUGUCUGAAAGCAAAACCUCGUACAAUAACAAUGUUAUUGAACCAUCAACGCUCUCAACAUCGGAAGCCAGAAGAGACCAAAGUCAGCAGAAUCUGGUUCAAGACACGCAGCCUAAUGUCACCAAACAAACAAAUCCUCCAACCACUGUCAAUAGGAAUACUCCUGUACCAUCACCACUACCGACAUCGGAAAUUGGAAUAAAAAAUGUACGGUCACUGUUUGAUCGCAUACGCUGUAAAUCUGCUUCAGCACAGGAUAUUGAAAAAAUGAAGCCAAUUAUAUCCUUUUUUGCAUGCGCUACGGGAGCACUGUAUGAGGACUUGCUUCCUAUGUAUGCCUUUUAUGCACUGUCUUCGCAUCAAUCUAUUGGCAGAGCUUUUGUGGAGAUUGUUGUGGUUGAUGUGAAUAACUUUAUCGAGAGGCAUCACUCUUCUCUGGCCUGGUUGUUUAAUACUUUUUCGUCGUAUAAUGAUACCCUAGGACCUAUUUGUGUUCGAGCUUACAGUGGUGAUCACCGCAAAAGAACAAAUUAUACAAAUACAUGGAGGUUCUUGGAAGUUCCUUCUCAGCCAGCAAAAUAUACUUAUUUAGGAGAUAUUGAUGUAUUCUUGACUGAGUCUGUUCUUGAUGAAAAACGAAUGAAGCAGAUGGCAUUAUUUGGAUUGCCAUACAGCAAUAUUGUUCGAAACUACAACACAUUAAAGAGAAGGUUAACUGGAGUGAUGCUCGUUGAAACAGAAAGAUUCUACACCCCUGCUUUGAUCAGAGCGCAGGCAAGUGUCGAUGCCACUGGGAAUGAUGAGAUGUUCCUUUACAACAUAGUGGAGGCAAGCAAAAUAGGAGUACCACCGUCAAACUCAACAUCUCCUCUUCUAACAUAUAGGCCAUUGCAUGGAACUCAUUUAAGCCCAAAUCGUGGUCCCAACAAGCGAAUGUGUCUUCCAUUUGAUUUAGCCAAAAUGCUAAGUGUCAAUCUUCUUCAAGAGUAUCUCAGAUCUGAUGGAAUGGCAACUGCUUUUCUUAAUGCAACUACCGCCAAAGUCGAUGAGCAAAACAACAAGAAAAUGAAAGAAUCGAAUGGUGUAUGUCAAUAGUACGUUGACGGUGAUUUGCUUUCGAAUAUUUUCAGCUUCCUCUGGAACCGAGGGAUGUUAGAAUCAAAUAUUUCAGUUGCGUCAAGUAGAUCUGGUUCACAGAUGGCGGCAGUGCUAUCGUCAAAUUUGACGAAUCUAUCUUGCGCGAGCUGAUUUUCUCUAGAGGUAAGAUAGAUGAUGCACCCUCCAGAAACCAGGUCACGUUGAAGCAUAAACAGAGAUUGGGAUG